AUGGAAGAGGAGCAGUUACCUGAAAAAGAGAGAGAGAGAGAGAAAAGCGUCGGUUGCUUUUUCAGAAUUGAGAAGAGAGAGAAUGAGGAAAACAGGGCCUUAGACGUCAAGUAUCAAUUCUCAAACAACGACUACACUACACUCAAGUACAGUACAGUACAGUACAGUACAGAACAGAACAGAGAGAGAAUGUUGGAGGCCAAGCGUGUUGUCAAAGCUACAGUACCAUCGUCUCUCCUUCCCCAGCCUUCUCCUGCCAGCAUUCAACCCACUCGUCUUGCGCUUCAUGUUAAUCAUGCUAAUGAUUCUUCUUGCUCCGCUUACUUUGCUACUGGCUGCCGCGUAUACAAAACCCAGAUGUCAAUGGAAGGAGAAUCAUUGGUUAAUAGAGGAAAGGAUAACCUUUUAAUUCCUGCUCAUUCUGAGGUUAUCAGAUCGUCUGUGCUGGAACGGUGUCCUCAUAGGUCUGAAAUUCAAAGUGUAGCGCUGACAGAGAUGCCGAGCAAAGGGUUUAUUCUAGGAAGUGUUGAUUCUUAUGGUCAUCUUAUUGUGUCGGAGCUUGACGCUGAUGAUGUUCAGAAGCUGCUGUUUGCGGUUUCACCUCAAGAUUGUGGGGUUGGAGAAGGCAGCUGGGCAGGUCUUAGCUUCAGCCCUAGUCAGUGGUGCAUGGUAGCCGUGGCACGCAGUUUUCCCAAAUGCAUUGACAUUUAUGAUCAAGAAAUUUGUCUUAGAAAUAUUUGCACAUUGUUGUAUCCAUCAUCAUUAACAUUCGUGGAGAACCAGUUUUUUGGGACUGAAAGUUCUAUAUUGGCCGUUACUGAAGGCUGCCAGCUAACUAUGUGGGAUCUGAGGAUGAAAGAAAAUGGUGGGUGCUUGCAACGAAUAUGUGGUUCACCUGGAAACAUUCUUUAUGCUGCCUCUAUCUCUUCAAUGGGUAAUAUUGCAGUUGGUGGAGCUGACCGCAGUGUGACCAUCUAUGAUCCUCGAAAAUGGUCUGUAUUAUCUAGAUGGAACCAUUGCGCAAAGUACGAGAUUACAGGUCUUGAAUUCUCGUCAAUUGAUCCUAAUUAUAUCUACGUUCAAGGAGUUGACCACGAGGUCUUUUGUGGACAAUGGAGCAAACGCACAAAGAUCUUUUCAUUUAGAGGGGACUCAAAUUGGCUUGGAUUCACCAAGUGCCCUAACAAAGACAGAGACAUUCUUGCUGGAUGGUGUGAUUCAGGCAGCAUUUUUGUGACCAAUAUUGUUAAUUCAUCAUGAAUUGGAAAUUGAAACGGCUACUCGCCUCUUUAGGUAGGUUUUGUGGCCGAUAUUAAUAUUGUAGUUUAGGAUAUAAGUAAUUUGUUGGACGACUUUCCAAAUUGACCAUUAAAAGUUGAGCUACUUGAUUUAUAUCAUUGUAUUUGCUCAUUAAUUAGGUCAGUCGACUCAACACAGAAGUAUGGCUCUGCAAGCCACAUGUAUUAUGCAUAUUUUUAUUAUUAUUAUGGUUUAGAUUAUGUUGAGCCCCA